ACUGCUCUAUUUAAAUGCCAGAGUUCCACUGUCAAAACAGAGCGAAGGACGCAACAAUAUGAUGGACCUUUUUGAGACCAGCACUUAUCUUUUCAGCGAUUUGCGUUACUUGGAGGAAGGGGAUCAUGUAUCGCUACAGCACAUGGACAUCGCGGGGGUCUCUCCUCUGUACUCCAACAGCAAUGACAGCCCGCUGUCCCCGGGCCAGGAUAAUGUUCCUUCAGAGACGGGGGGGGAAAGCAGCGGAGAGGAGCAUGUGCUGGCCCCUCCGGGUCUCCAGCCACACUGCGAGGGCCAGUGCCUCAUGUGGGCCUGCAAAAUCUGCAAGCGAAAGUCCGCACCCACAGACAGACGCAAGGCCGCAACGCUCCGGGAGAGGAGAAGGCUGAAGAAGAUCAACGAGGCUUUUGACGCGCUAAAGAAGAAGACCGUGGCCAACCCCAACCAGAGGCUACCCAAGGUGGAGAUUUUACGCAGUGCCAUAAGCUAUAUUGAAAGGCUACAGGACCUGUUGCAGACCCUGGAUGACCAAGAGAAAAUUCAAAACGGAACUUCCUUGAACACCAAAGAACUUAACCCGCUUGCCAGUGAUGAGUAUCAAUGGAAGAAGUCCUCUGAGACCUGGCGGACCUCUGUUGAUCAUUCCAACGCCGCAAUGAACCAGAGAGAAGUGACCAGUGAGUCUUCUGCAUCCUCCAGCCUGCUGCGUCUGUCCUCAAUCGUGGACAGCAUCACAAAUGAUGAGAAACUCAACUUCUCAGUGGAACCCUCAGAAAACUGAAGUAGUCUAGGAAGUUUUGUUGUUUCAUUAUUUAAAAUCUUCAGUGUUCUGAUCUAAUUUUUCCAACUAUAAUGCAUAAUUCUGGCUUUUCCUCACUUGUACCAGUAAAAAAGUAAAAAAAAAAAAAUUGUACAUAUUUUAUAUUGACGGGAUUUAUAAAUGUAUUUAUUUUGUUUUUAAAAGCCUAACAGAUUGUUGAAAUUUGUACACAUAGCUGACCAACAAAUAAAACAGUUUCUCUGUUA